AUGAUCAUGAUGGGCCUUCAAUUUUGCUCGCAGUUGGACUUCCACCACUCCAUCGAGGAGCAGCACAUAUUCCCAGUCUUGGCCAAAAAGAUGCCCGAAUUCCGAAAAGAGCUCGAGCUAUUGAGUCAGCACCGACAGAUUCAUGCUGGGCUUGAGAAACUCGAGAAAUAUCUCGAGAAAUGCCGCUCUGGCGAGGAGGACAUGCGCCGUGACGAGGUCAAACGACUGAUGGAUGGAUUUGGAAAAGUCUUGUGGACUCACUUGGAUCAAGAAGUCAAGACGCUCGAGGCGGCCAACAUGCGGAAAUUCUGGACGCUUGAUGAGAUGCGGCGCCUCCCAAUGUAA